UUUAGCAGCAGCACCAUCUGUUUCCUGAAAGCUCAAAUUAGAUGGAGGAUUACAUACUGAACUGGAUUUUUUCUGGAGUUGUUUUUUGGGCUACAACUUUCAUAAUCGUUAGAGGAGCUCUUCUCAACUUCUGCAACAGAAUCGUCUCCACAAUCCAUGCCCUGCUUGCUGUCUCAUUGUCUAUCACUUCCGUGCAGGAUUGGAGCUGUCCAGUUUGCCCUCUGGCAUCAAAAUCUUCUCACUUACAGAUGAAAAUACUAGCAGUCUCUCUUUCAUAUCUGAUCUAUGAUUUGGUUUGCUGCCAAUUCGAGAAACAAGCGAGUAUCGACAACACGGUGCAUCAUGCCAUAAGCAUAGUUGGCAUUGGAUCAGGCCUUGUCUAUGAAAGAUGUGGAUCUGAAAUGGUUGCUACCUUAUGGAUCACUGAGAUAUCCAGUCCUUUUUUGCACAUGAGGGAGAUUCUUAAAGAACUGGGUUGCAAAGAUACAGACCUUAAUUUAGCAUUUGAUAUUCUCUUUGCAGUCAUCUUCUCCCUGGCAAGAAUGGUUGGAGGACCAUACCUCACUUACUUAACUUUGACGGCAGAGAAUCCCAUUCUUGUCAAGAUGAUGGCAUUGGGGUUGCAGCUGGUGAGUGCUUUCUGGUUCUACAAGAUCCUCAGAAUGGUAAGAUACAAAUUGAACAAAAGAAUGGCAUUUGAUAAGCCAACUAAAGUUGAAAGAUGAAGAAGCUUCAUUGUUCUGCUGGAUUAGCAGCAGCCAAAAUUAACUUUUUUAAUUGGAUCCAACUGCGCAUUGUUCUUCAGAGUGUUUGCUGUUUAUGUCAACUGUUGAGCAAUAUGAAAGAGUUGUUAAGUGUCUAUUUUGUAUUUCCUGCCUGAUUUAUGCUAGCAUAGACUGUUAAAUAUGAAGAAAAUAACAGUUUGUUUUUUCCAUUUUAUGUCAUAUAAUUCGAAAUGUAGGCAUUGUUAUAAAUAAAGUAUUCUUCUCAGUU